UCUAAUUGUCUUAUAAUAAAAAUUUAUCGAAGGAUUCAAUAUUUUGAAUUGAAAAACUAUCCAAAUAUAUUUGUUGAUUGAUGCAUGCACCAAAGUCACAUUGGAGUGAGUAACCGAAAUCACCGGAUCACCAAGCAACCGACUUAAUCACCAUCUCCAUUUGUUUUUCCAAAACCAAACACGCUGAACAACCUUACCACUUCAACAAACAUGCCCAAACGGUUAUUCCUCGACCUUUCCACUACUUUCCGACAUUGCCCACCACAUGUUCGAUGUUAUUACCGAAUCAAUAAAACACAGUUCCUUCAAAGAAUGUCCCACCCUUCUUUGAACAAUCGUCCUUUCUCUUCGUCUUCCUCUAACAAGACUGGGUUUGUAGGUUGGUAUUUGCGGAAGCUUGAAACUUACCCGGUUAUCACUAAGAGCAUUACUUCAUCCCUUAUUUACACAGCUGCUGAUUUCACUUCACAGAUGAUUACAUUACCCUCUUAUGCUUCAUAUGAUUUCAAAAGGACAUCACGCAUGGCAAUGUAUGGGUUGCUAUUCUUGGGGCCAUCGCAGCAUAUGUGGUUUAAUUUUCUGUCCAAAAUUUUACCCAAGAGAGAUGUGAAUACAACUUUGAAGAAAAUUUUUAUGGGGCAAGCUGUAUUUGGUCCUAUCAGCAAUACUGUUUUCUUCUCCUAUAAUGGUGCUUUACAAGGUGACAGUGGGCCUGAAAUUAUUGCCAGACUGAAGCGGGAUCUUCUUCCUACGUUAUUAGGCGGUGCCAUGUUUUGGCCUGUUUGUGAUUUUGUCACCUUUAGAUUCAUUGCAGUCCAUUUACAGCCACUGAUGAAUAGUUCCUGUGCAUAUGUGUGGACCAUUUAUUUAACUUACAUGGCAAACCGAAACUUGACUGAAGCUUAGGUCUUGGUUUGUAUAUAAAUAUUAAGUGUUCUCGAGCAAUCUUCUAUUAGAUGGAAUUAUCUGCAAGUUUAUAAAUUCUGUAUCAAUUUGGCAUUCGAUUAUUAAUUUUUGUAUAUAGCCAAGACUUCAUUUUCAUAGUUUCCCUCUUUAAUAUGAAUUGAGUACUUUGUUGACAUGUCUGGUUUCUUUGAUAAUUGUAGAGGUAAAUUAAAUAGUAUUAAAGCCAUGUUGUCGUAAGAUAAUUGGAAUAUAAUUGGAAUGCUUGCUUUUCGCAUUCAUGUGAAUGACCGCGGGCCCUUUUUCGAACAAAAUGAACCUCCAUCUUAAUAUGCUUGGUGUGUUGGUGUUGCACAGAAUUACUAGAAAGAGAGAUGACACUACCAUUGUCACAAUACACCAAGUAGUAUGAGGAAUGAGAAAAUGGAACUUCAGGAGAAGAUUGUGAAUCCAACACGAUUCGGAGACAACAUUGGCAACACCCCUAUAUUCGGCUUCAACACUAGAACACAAGAGAGUAGGUUGUCUUUUGGAAGACCAAGAAAUAAGGUUGUCACACAGGAAAAAUACAAUAAUCAGAUGUAGAACGUCUAGUGUCAAGACAUCUGUUCCAAUCAACGUCAGUGUAAGAGAUACGCUUUGUAAUGGGGGAUGGUGAUAAUGUAAUUUAAAAUGUAUGAUGCCUUGAACUUAGCAAAAAAUGCGUUUGAGAGCAAACAUGUGUUUUGUGCUAGGUGCAUGCAUGUGAAGACAAACUUGUUGAAUUGCAUAUGAUAUGUCAGGUCGAGAGAAGGUGAGGUACUGUAAAGUCCCGACAAUAUUUCGAUAUAGUGAGAGAUCCUCAUAAGGAGUGCCAUAGGAGAUGUCGAGUUUCUGCUUAGUGUCGACAGGAGUGGUUGGCGGUUUGCAGGGUAUCAUGUCAUCACGUUCGAUGAUCUCUGAGGCAUAAGUGCUUUUACAGAAAAAUAUGCCACUAAAGUAAUGAGAUACUAAAAUACCCAAAAAAUAACUUAGGGGCCUAGAUCAGCAUCGCAAACUUAGAUGCUAAAAAUGACAUAAUUGAUUUGCGAAUGA